CCCACUCCCCGACGGUCCCCAGGUACGUGGUGGUUUUACUUUGAUAUACCCCAUAUUAAAUCGUGUCAGAUCAGAAGAGAGAGAGGUCUGCGGUUGUGUUAUUUUGGGAGUCUCCAUAUGGCUUCGAGUCAGUGCAGAAAAUAAGCAGAAACUGGCAACUGAGGAAAGUUAUGUGUUCUCUGCAGUCGAUGUUAUGAUAGCAGCGGGAGCCAUAAUUAUGGUGCUUGGAUUUCUGGGAUGCUGCGGAGCCGUAAAGGAGAGUCCUUGUCUCCUUCUUCUGUUCUUCAUUGGGUUGCUUUCGAUCCUGGCAUUGCAGGUAACCGCAGGGAUUCUAGCGGCGGUAUAUAAGCCGCAGUCUGAAGAAAAAGUGAAAGAAAUGUUGCAGAAGGUCAUACCAUUAAAUAAGAAACCUGACCUCGUCCAGCAUAUGGUAGAAAUUAUCCAAAAAGAGAACAAGUGCUGCGGAAUUGUUAAUGGCGCCAGUGACUGGGGAAACCGACCACCAGAAUCCUGUUCCUGCUCUUCACCAUCUAAAUGUCGUAAUGGUUACUAUGAGCAGAUGUGCACUUCAAUAUUUAUCGAAGACUUCACAAAGCCUCACUUAAUCAUAAUCGGGAUUGCGUUUGGGCUCCUGGUGGUUGAGGUUGAGAUCGGUCAGUUCCGUGAUGUCCUUUGGUCUACGUCCUGGUUCGGAGGGUCGGCAGUUCGGUUCCAGCCGGUCAUGUGACGUGGACAGCUUCAGGAGGUUCUUCAAGGUUGUUCCUGUUCGCUUCCGGAUGGAUGGCGCUUUUGUUCCCAGGAUGUUCCGGUUCCUGGUUGGCGGUUCAGUUGGACUGUUCGGUUUGGAUUUACAAAGAAAGAGGAGGUUUUGCAGGCGACGUGGCCUGUUAUAGAGAGACUAUGGGGAGGGGCUGAUGACAUGUUUCAAUAUUUUUAUUUGUUCUUUGCUGCUAUUGGUCAGA